GUAAACGACGUCGUAGUACAUUUUGAAGCUGAAAUGGUUUUGGUUUUCCCUCCCAAAUUUCCCUUCGUCUUCUUCGCCAAAGUGGAGAGAGAUGAAGUAGGGAGAAAUGACUCCAGAAAGUCUCUUGCAGCUUAGAACAGAAAAGUGCACCGUCGGUUGUCCCGUACUUGAUCGCUUCCUCGCCGGUGGCAUCCCCUGCAACUCCAUGACGGAGCUAGUGGCUGAAAGCGGCUCUGGGAAGACCCAGUUUUGCCUACAACUUGUCCUCUCUGCUCAAUUACCACCCUCCCAUGGCGGCUUAUCAGCUUCAUCCCUAUAUAUCCACACCGAAUUCCCCUUCCCCUUUCGCCGUCUCCGACAACUCUCCACAGCUUUUCUAUCCUCGCACUCGGACAUUUUCACAUCUUCAAACAAAUACGAUCCUUGCGACAACGUGUUCGUGCAGGGCGUUUAUUCUGCGGAUGAGAUGCUCGAUAUAAUGGCCAAGAUAGAGUCAUUCCUCCAGGUGAAUUCAAAAUCGAAGUUUCCUGUUAGGCUAAUAGUGAUCGAUUCCAUUGCUGCUCUGUUUCGAUCCGAAUUCGAGAACACUGGUUUCGAUCUGAAGCGCAGAUCUUCGCUAUUUUUCAAGAUUUCUGGGAAUCUGAAGUCAAUGGCAAAGAGAUUUGGAUUGGCGGUAGUCUUGACUAACCAGGUGGUUGAUUUGAUUGGGGGAAACGCAGAAGGUAUGAAUGGGAUUAGGGUUGGGAAUUUGAGCAGUUUAAGUACCUCGGGAAGAAGGGUUUGCGCUGCGUUAGGAAUUGCGUGGGCUAAUUGCGUGAACUCGAGGCUGUUCAUAUCGAGGAAUGAGGAAGUGGUCGUAGGAGGAGGAAACGCCAUGGUUGGUGAGGAAGGAGGUGGGGUUUAUCAACAGAGCAAAACGAGGAGGAGGCUCAGUGUUGUGUUUGCUCCUCAUUUGCCAGAAUCCUCCUGCGAAUUCGUGAUCAGAAGAGAAGGCAUUUUUGGGGUAGAGACGUAACUUACAGAGGUACUACUGACACUUCAUAGAGUGCAAUACAUUGUUUUGUUGGGAGACUCAAUUUUUGGGUCUGGCAUUCGACUUCUUAAUGUUCUAAUUUAUCAAAACGUGUACAUGGCUUGUUUAUCUCAUGAAAACUCUCGUUUCUUACAGUAAGAAGUUUCCAUAAUUUUUGUAAGGUCAUCAUAUGUUUAAUCCUUAGCGCCACUCCGAAACUGAAAAAGGCCAAAGAAAAAUCAUGAUUUUGGAUUGGCUUCUAUGUUACCAUGGUAACAGGCUUCUAUACUUCAUCUUCCCUCUUCACAUCCUCAAAUCUUUGUCGCAGUUGUCAUAGCCAUUUUCCUUAUCAGAAAUUAACUCAGCUUAUACCUUGAUGUAAUUCGUUCUUCGUCUAUACCACCUUCUCCUUCGCAUCGUGUCGUAU